UCAGUAGAAUCCCACAUAUUGUUGGAGAGAGCAGCAGAGCAGACAGAGAGGAACAUCAUGAGUCACAAUGAGAGUGGAGAUGUAGUGGUAGGGAUGCCCUCUGAGAAACCUCUACUGAUCCUCAUCAGUCACUGCCGGGAGAUGAAGCAGCAGGAAGCCAGGCUCAGGAUCAUCACCCUCCUGCUGCUCCUCAGCUGUGCUGCGCUCUUUGUCUUCACCAACUGCACGGAUUUAACGAGAGCACCGAUGGCCCCAGUGUCCAGUUCUGCCUACUCCGCACAGCAGAAUCUCUGCCCUGCAGGGGACCAAUCCACAACCAGUACUCCCACCACCGCUCCUUCCACAGCCAGUCCUCUGCGCAUUGCUCUCAGUUCCAUUGUUGAAUCAAAUCUAAUUGGUAGACCUUACAUGAACUGGACUGUCGAGUUCGGAGGUGACGACGGAACCUACAACAGCGACAGCCGUGCCAUUGUGAUCCCUGUGACGGGUCAUUACUUCGUCUACAUGAGGUUUCUGUUACAUUUGUGUGAAACGGUGGAGAAUGAAGACUUAAAGAACUUCCGUGUGAAGCUGCAAAAGUGGAACGAAGGGUACCAGCAGAUUGUGGACCUGACCGAAGCCCGCGACAGUGGGAAGUGCUCGGAGGAAAGGUCCCGGACUGUUUUUAUGGGCCAGCUGUUUGAUUUGCUGAAAGGAGAUCAUUUGAAAGUGUUAAUAUAUGAAGGCUACGAACUGAUCCACAAAUCAUCAUUUGGUGCCUUUUGGACAUAAGAACCAGGCCUGGUCUGAGCCCUCAGGACUUGUUCAGGGUUAGAAUGUGGUUCUGUUGUACAAGAAAAGUGCUUCUGUUACAAAUAUUGAACAAAAAUUGCAUUGUAUCUGAUGUUCUCUGUGACUGCUGUGCAACUUUAAAAUAUACUCUAUUUUUCAGAGGUUGA